AUGAAGAAUUUGAAUCACAAUGUUCUGAAUGUAGUAGUGCCUCUACUAACACUCACUGGAUUGGUUUUCUUUCUGCCACCCUUUCUGAUUUACAAGUUUCUUUGUUUCGUAUAUCGCUCUAAAUCCAUUGAAAACGUUGCUGGAAAAGUUAUCCUCAUCACCGGAGCAUCUUCAGGAAUCGGCGAGCAUUUGGCUUAUGAGUAUGGUAGGAGAGGAGCUCGUUUGGCAUUGGCAGCCAGAAGAGAGGACCGUCUUUUUGAAGUGGUGGAUAAAGCUCGACGGCUCGGCUCUCCUGAUGCCAUUAUGAUCCUAGCUGAUGUUUCCAAGCUUGAAGACUGCAACCGACUUGUUAAUGACACUGUGAAUCACUUUGGUCAAUUGAACCAUUUGGUGAACAAUGCCGGGGUUACACAAGCUGGAUUGUUUGAAGAUUGUAAUGAGUUCUCUACUCCGAAAUCAAUUAUGGACAUUAAUUUCUGGGGGUCAGUGUAUUGCACCAAAUUUGCAAUUCCAUACUUGAGAAAAAGCAAAGGCAAGAUUGUUGUGAUUUCUUCAUCUGCCACAUGGUUUUCUACACCAAGGUUGAGUUUCUACAACGUAAGAAAUGGGUCUCGUACUUAG